AGUAUCAAAAAAGUUCAUCUAACAUCCAAUCGAUUAUAUCGUAUUACCCUUCUUAUAUACUCCGUCAUAAAACCAAUUAGCAAUGAUGAUCCAAAAUCAAAAUCAGUAUGGUAAUGUUAAAUCAAACAAUUUCCAAUCAUAAUCACAAAAAAAUAUGAGAUGCGACUGAUAGAGUAGCUAAAAAAGAAGGACCACAAUCAUAGAUAUAAAAAGCCCGCCUAAGAUUACCCAACUACCCCAUAAAAAGAAACCAAAACACUGGCAUCUUCUCUUCCACUGUUAAUCAAACACACCACUUCCACUUUCAGACCAUCUUCCCCUUUUGCUUUUUUCUCUUCCUCUUCUUCUUUCUGUGGCUUAAACAUUUUCACCUCUAUUUUCUCUCUCCUCUUUCUCUUUCUCUGUCUACCUUAACACUACAUUACCCAUGUUUCUGUGUAAUUUAGCUGUAAUUGGGCAAAUCCCUCUUUUUUUACUCCUCUUUUCUUCUUAUUUCUUUACUCUUUCUUCAGCUUGUUCUGGGGGCGGCAAUUGUCAGGUUUUAGAGUCAUGUUCAGCUGCUAAUGAUUGUGCGCCUGGUUUGUACUGUGGUAAUUGCCCUGCUGCUAAUAAGCGCCAACCCGUUUGUACUAGAGGUCAAGCUAACAUUCCCACUUCUAUUGUUAGUGGAUUGCCCUUUAACAAGUAUUCAUGGCUAAUGACUCAUAAUGCAUUCUCAAAUGUAAAUGCCCCACCAUUGUCGGGUGUACAAAGGAUUACAUUUUACAAUCAAGAAGAUACUGUGACAAAUCAACUAAGGAAUGGAGUGAGAGGAUUGAUGCUGGACAUGUAUGACUUUGAAGGUGAUAUUUGGCUGUGCCAUUCGUUUCAAGGGCGCUGUUAUAACAUCACUGCUUUUGGACCUGCAAUUGACACUCUGAGAGAAAUUGAAGCAUUUUUGACCGAGAAUCCAUCAGAGAUUGUGACCAUUAUAAUAGAGGAUUAUGUUCAAUCUCCGAAAGGGUUAACUCAGCUAUUUGCAAAUGCUGGGUUGGAAAAGUAUUGGUAUCCUGUAACCGAGAUGCCAAAGAAAGGGGAAGAUUGGCCAACAGUGAAUGAUAUGGUUCAAAAAAAUCAUCGGCUUUUGGUCUUCACCUCUGAUGAUUCGAAAGAGGAAGCAGAAGGGAUUGCUUAUCAGUGGAGAUACAUGGUUGAAAAUGAACCUGGAGAUCCUGGAGUGAAACAAGGUUCAUGUCCAAAUAGAAGGGAAUCGAAAAAACUUAACUCUAAAGGCGCGUCACUUUUCUUAAUGAAUUACUUUCCAACAUAUCCUGUUGAGGAUGUUGCUUGCAAAGAAAAUUCUGCUCCUUUGGCUAAUAUGAUUGGUACCUGUGAUAAGGCAGCAGGAAAUAGGAUGCCAAACUUUGUGGCAGUUAAUUUUUAUAUGAGAAGCGAUGGACCAGGAGUCUUUGACAUAUUGGACAAAAUGAAUGGACAAUCAUUGUGUGGCUGCAGCACUAUAACAGCUUGCCAGCCAGGAUCUCCUCCGGGGGUUUGUAAAAAUAUACCAGCACCUAUUUUAGCUCCUCCCACCUCAACCUUCAGCGGAAGCUUUUCGGGAUCUGUACAGUUAUCAGGAUUUGCUCCAGCUGCCUCUUAUCCAAAUAUCUUACUAAUUUGUUCAUUCCAUUUAUCAUUGAUGUUACUUUUAAUGUGGUUAUAAUGUAUAUGACAUGAGUGCCAAAGAGCAUUGUUGAAGUUGUAUGCUUCAUUAGAAUAGGUUUUUGUAGUAUUAGAAGUAAAUUUUGGAGCCAUUGUAGUUUCUAUUAUUAGUGGAAGUCCGUGGACAGCUUAGAUCUUGUAAAAUGUAUCAGAUGGAUAAGAAUGAGUAUAUUAACCUCUUGAGAUAGAUUUCAGCCAGGGGACUAUGCAGGGCAUCAACGACAAUAUAUUAGGGAAACAGGUUUAUGUGGAAUGGCUGAGGAAAGGCAGAAGAUUGUGAUAACUGUAGGGUGAAUGGAAAGUCUAUUGGAAGAUAUAAGCACAACUAUUAUUCGCAUAUAUCAGCUGCUUAAGUCUGUAUCUAGUGAAAGCUUCAGCUCUCUUAGCUUGUUGUUUGUCUUACUUUAAUGACAAGUAUGAAAAUAGGUUCUUCCAUAUUA